AUGGUAUGGACUAUGGUAGCUAAGCAAGGCCAACCCACGUGUACAUACCUAAAAGAGAAGCGAACCCUAGUUCCCGAACCUCCUUCGAAGUUCGAACGCAGCCCGCAGCCACCAUGCAUCUUCAACGUCAUCGCCGAACUCUUCUCCUCCGGUAGAGGGUGCUGUCGCCGCCGGCGGGGACAUACUGUGGGUUCCGCGUCGCGUGUGGAAGCUCUGCUCGGCCCGCUUCUCAUCGUUCCUCCUCUCCUCUCCUCGUCGUCGCAGGAAGGUUUGCGUGAGCUCGUGGCCUCGCCGUCGCCAAGGUAUCAUAAAGUUCUCACGUUUAUUUCAACUACCAAGAGUGAAGGUGCAACAGUUUUGACUGGAGGGUCUCUUCUUGAGCACACAAAUGCUGAAGGAGUGAUCUCUCUUAAACCCGAAGCAAGCGGGACCGAAAAAGACAGAAAGAAGGUGGAGCUCAAUGCCAAGGCUGUCAACUUGUUCAACUGUGCUAUCAGCUUCGAGGAAUACCGUCGGGUAUCACGAUGCACAACGAGAAAGAAAAUCUGGGACAAAUUUCAAAUCACUCAUGAAGGAACCACCAUAGUAAAGAAGAUCAGGAUAGAUAUGUUGAACAGAGAAUAUGAAAUAUUCUCAAUGAAGAAAGGAGAAUCAAUAGAUGAAAUGUUUGAAAGAUUCAACAUCAUCAUUGUUUGCUUGGAUGCUAUGAGAAUUACGUAUUUUGAUUCUGUGCUUGUGAGGAGAGUUCUAAGAUGUCUUACUAAAGAGUAGGAAACAAAAGCUUUAAUCAUAUCUGAGAGUAGUGGUCUAGAUUCCAUGACAUGUGAUGACUUGAGAGGAAAUCUACUUGCUUUUGAAAACACUUAUUUGAAAAAAGAUUCAAAAAAGAAAGGAAUUGCUUUUACAUCUGUUACUAACCCCCUGGAUGAUGAAUCCAGUGAUAAUUCUUUUGAAAAUGCAUUUGUGUUGUUUGCUAAAAAAUUCAAAAAAAAUGGUGAAGUUCAAGGAGAGAAGCAAGGGAAACAGCUCUAGAAAAUAAAGGAAAGAUCUCAGCAAGAUGAUAUGUUACAACUGCAAAGAAUCUGAGCAUUUCAAGUCAGAUUGUCCUAAGUUAAAGAAAGAAGAGAAGCCAAAAAAGGGAAAGAAGAAAGGUCUGAUGGCUUUUUGAGAGAACUUGGAAAACGAUUCAGAAAAAUGAUGAAGAAUCCGAAACCAAGUCUCAACCAUGCUUUAUGGCAGAUUACGUUGAACAGGUAUGUCUAGCAUCCAAGCAGAAAGAAAACAUGUGGUACAUGGACAGCGAAUGCUCUAGGCAUAUGACCGAAAAGACAACCUUUUUCAUAAAACUUGAUGAGUAUGAUGGAGGAUUUAUCACUUUCGGUGAUGAUGGUAAGGGAAAGAUAGUGGCCAUUGGAAAAGUUGGUAAAAACUUUUCAUUUUGUAUAAAUGAUGUUCUUCUUGUAAAUGGUUUAAAACACAAUUUACUUAGUGUAAGUCAAUUGUGUGAUUUAGGAUAUGAAAUUAUUUUUAGAAAGUUUGUGUGUUUAGUUAUUUGUGAAAAAAUUGGGGAUAUAUUGUUUGAAGCUAAGAGAUGCAAUAAUGUGUAUGGAUUGACUCUUGAGGACUUGAAAGAUCAAAAAGUGACAUGUUUUGUUUCUA